AUGGACGCUACAGAUCGCAUUAAAGCUGCUUCACAGUUUCUUCUUCAGUCACCACCUGGUGAAAUCAAUGAUGUGUUGAAUGGUGCUGUUCAGUCUCUUCAACCUUUACAUGAAACUGGUAUAUUGAUUAUGAAUGCAACCUCAGAUAUCCGUUACAUUAUAUCGGACGACGAUCUACUGCAGGAAGGAAUACAACCUGCGCUAAGGGAAUACAAUAUUGAACAAUUCACUGUUGUUGAUGUCCCCGAAACGAACCACCAAUCAAUCAUCAGCGAAGCCGCUCGUGUUGGACCUUCAGAAUCCGAUGGCGAGGAAAGGUUUUUGGACCCACGGUCUAAAACUGAAGCCUCUGAUCCUCGACCUAUCGAAGUAGUUGAAGAACACGAACCGAUUCGUGCUGCCCUUGAAGCAGCUUCCUUGAACUAUUUGAAGGCACACUUCACCGAAGGUGUAACGUCCGUGUUUGCGCCCAGGGAAGGGUCCGACCAUUUCGUACUCCAGAUCGUUGCAAAUAAAUACAACCCCAGCAAUUUUUGGUCUGGAAGAUGGCGGUCAGAGUACACAAUUGACCUAACAUCAAAGCAAGUGUCUGGACGAAUCUUAAUCAACAUCCAUUAUUACGAACAAGGAAACGUGCAACUUGCUACUACUCAUACCGUUACCUUCGAGCUCCCCCCUGCAGCUAUUUCGGCCACUCCGAGUACUACUGCAUCGAAAAUCCUGGCACUAAUUGAAGUUGAAGAAGGAAAGUAUCAAAUGUCAUUGGGCGAGACAUAUCAAGAAAUGGGUGAAAAAACGUUCAAGGGUCUGAGGCGCGCAUUGCCUCUUACACGUCAAAAAAUAGACUGGGACAAGGUCAUGGGAUACAAACUCGGAGCAGAGCUGUCAGGAAAUAAGAACGCUCUUCCUAGUGGUCAGGCUGAUGAGUGA